AUGGCCUUUUCAUCUAACGACAGGAGACACGGACUCCUUCCUUCGUCUCUCUACUCAACAGCAGCAGCCGCUGCGCUCCGCAGAGCCUCAGCUCAGCCGGAGGUGAGCAUGUCGGUCGACUUGCUAGCCACGUCGGCUCUGGUUCCGGCGAGGAACGGCCUCGACCUUGCCAGGAAAGCUGGCAACAGCGGCAGCACCAGUGGCAGUGCUGCUAGUCGGUUCUUUGUGCCAGCAGCGACAGAGGCAAAGGGGAAGAUCGCAAUGCACUCGCCUCAGUUCUACGCGGCGUGCACGGCGGGCGGAAUCCUCAGCUGCGGGCUCACGCACAUGGCGGUGACGCCGCUCGAUCUCGUCAAGUGCAACAUGCAGAUCGACCCCGCCAAGUACAAGAGCAUCUCGUCGGGCUUCGGCGUGCUUUACCGCGAGCAGGGCUUCCGCGGCUUCUUCCGCGGCUGGGCGCCCACGCUGCUGGGGUACAGCGCGCAGGGCGCGUGCAAGUUCGGCUUCUACGAGUACUUCAAGAAGCUCUACAGCGACCUCGCGGGCCCCGAGUUCAGCGACAAGUACCGCACUCUCAUCUACUUGGCGGGAUCCGCGUCUGCCGAGGUCAUUGCUGACCUGGCACUGUGCCCGUUCGAGGCGGUGAAGGUGCGCGUGCAGACGCAGCCUGGCUUUGCGCGGGGGCUCCUUGACGGCUGGCCCAAAUACGUUGCCGCUGAGGGAUACGGCGGGCUGUACAAGGGUAUCGGACCUCUAUGGGGCCGUCAAAUUCCCUACACGAUGAUGAAGUUUGCGUGCUUUGAGAAGACGGUGGAGGCGCUGUACAAGUACGUGGUGCCCUACCCCAAGGACGAGUGCUCCAAGCGCACGCAGCUGGGCGUCAGCUUCGCCGCGGGGUACAUUGCAGGGGUCUUCUGCGCUGUGGUCUCGCACCCCGCUGACAACCUAGUGUCCUUCCUCAACAACGCCAAGGGCGCCACUGUUGCCCAGGCGGUGGAGAAGAUGGGCAUCGUGGCACUGUGCACGCGUGGGCUGCCUCUGCGCAUCGUUAUGGUGGGCACACUCACAGGGCUGCAAUGGGGCAUCUACGAUGCCUUCAAGGUCUUUGUUGGCUUGCCAACCACUGGCCAUGUGGAGAAGAAGGAAGCGGCGGUGGAUGCGAAUGAGGAGACUGACGACGAGGCGGGGGUGGAACUUGAGACAUUUGCGCGUGCGGAUGCGACCGCAGUUGCGGAUGCUGAAGGCGAGGAAGGCGGCAACGACGACCCAUGGAGCUUUGGGACUGACGACAACGUCCCGCUACUGAAGCGGAGGCUGCGCCAUCGCCUACAGUCCAAGUCAAAGCGGGCCCGUGUGGUGCUCUCUGACGACGACGGUGCGGGGGAGGAGCGUCGCCCGAUACUCACCGCUGCAGAGAAGGGGAAAGCCAAGGUCGCGGAAGCCCCUGCUAAGGCCCCCGCUAAGGUCCCUGCUCGUCGCCGCACAAGCAACAAGAAGCUGACAUCCGACGGAGACUCGGGAUCCAGCAAGGGUGCGGCUAAGAAGAAGGCGAAGAAGGCGCCGAAUCCUCACGACAUCGUCGUGAACGAGCCGCUAGGCAGCGACGAUGAGAACACGGCGACGGCGGGCCCGAUUCCCACGUUCCCUGAGAAGGUAACGCCGAGGGACCCCACCCUCCAUAAUCCCAACACCCGCCCACCUUCCCCUCGCAGCAAAGACACUACGAAGAAGCGCCGCAGUUGGACCGUGCGUGAGAAGCUUAAGUGGGCGCGCUGCUAUCAGGAUCUCGGCUCCUUGAAGAAGACGAGCGUGGAAUCAACCGCGUCCAUCGCCUGCAUCAGACGCUGGAAUCGUGGUCCAAGCACAGGACAACGGGUGGAUGGACGAGACCGCUGUGCAGACCUAGCUGUCCAAGGAGGGAACCUGCGGAGGCCUCCGCACUCCGUGGUGCUGCAGUGGAUCGCGGAGGCUUGGGAUAAAGUCCCUAAGCAGUUCAUCAUCGACGCGUUCCGCCACUGUGGGAUCUCGAGCAAGCUGGACGGAACAGAGAACCAUCUGGUGAUGUCUCACCUGCGCGCUAGGAGCACCACCGAUGUCUCCGCGGACAUGUCUCUCGGGGGGACCACAGGCGACAACACGCGCCUGCUCGGUCGGGCUCCAGAGGAGAAGGAGGAGGCGAUGCAGGCGGAGGGCGUGCAGGAGGUGGCCGUGGCAACCGGCCUGGAGGUGCUGUACCAGGACACCCCCAACUACCGCGGAGCGGCGGCCGAGGCUGACCGCAUGAUCGAGCCUAGGGAGACGGCUAGGCAUGCCUGGCGAGUGCCAGACCUGGGUGUAGAGCCUGAUGUUAGUGCAGGUGAGGAGGCGGUGACUGAGGGGGGUUAG